UAAGCUUCCAGUUUUGAAUAGAAGAACAAAACCAAUAGUCCAACUCUGACCAAAAUCAAAAUCCCCAAAAAUGGCAGCUACAGAUUAGAAAUUCGCCGGAUAAUUCGUCUUCGUCUUCCCCCUCCGGCAAUUGAAAAUGGAUCCGGAGCAGACCUUUAUACGGGUGCAGGAGCGCUUUUCUGAGAUGCUCACCCCCAAAAUCAGAGCUAAGUUGGAGUACUUUUUCCUCUUAUUGGCCAUCACCCUCUUCUGUAUCCUCGUUGUUAUGCACGCCAAUUAUGUUCAGCAGCCUGGCUGUUCCAGUGAGUUCUCUAGUGCCCAAAUGUCUGAUGCUCAGCUUAUUCAGAUUAAGAUCACCAGCGCUGGCUUGUGGGCUCAUAAUGAGCCCAAUAAUCAGGACAUAGACGUUCAUAAUAAAGAAACGAGUGCUGAAAGUGAGGAACCUACCAAUGUGGAUGGCGGAGGUCCACCUCAUUUGGCUGCAAAUUCAUGGUUGAGCUGGAUAAGCUCUGAUGCAAAGAUGGUGAAAUCUCAACUAGAAUUUUCGAAGACUGAUAGUGAUGUUUUAGAAUCCCAAAGAGAAAAUUCUAUCAGCAGUGAAAGGUUUAAGCCUGCAUCUGAUGACAUGGUGAUAAAAGCCAGUGAAGACGUGCCCCGCAAUAGGUUUUUCGUUUCGCCAAAGGAAUCUCUUAGGGCGGCUAUAUGUCAUAUUGGUAGAAAGUGGCAUGGCCGUUUGUCUUUCUUUCUGAGAUUAGCAAGGCGAAUUCUUGGAGGAAACCAUGUGCACUUCUUUUUUGAGAUAUUAUUUUACGCGGCAGACAUACUUUGCAAAGCAGUUCUAAGUAACCAGAGCCCCAUACUCAUGCAGGAUGUUGCUGGUAUUAAUCUGAAUUUCGAUAUUCCAAAGUGGCUAAAGAUCUUACAUUUGGACAGGUUCAACUCCUAUGCAGUGCAGUGGCUAGAGAAGAGAAGCAAGGCAUUUGAACCAGCUUAUUUGUAUACAAUGGAAAAGGGUUAUUUUUUGUUGCCUGAAGAGGCUAGAUCAAGGCAUGGAAUUCGUACAAUUAAUAUCAGUAUUUCAGCUCGACAUAAUUGCUUUGGCAACCGGUGGCAGCAGUUGUUGAUAAACAGGGUUGUAGGAUAUGACACUAUUUUGAUGAAUAGUUUAUUGAAUUCACCUGGCCAAGGUUACCUUUUUAAUUACCAAACAAAGGAGUUUUAUAACCUUACCUAUGCUCACGAGCAGCCUGAAAGUUCUGCAAAAUUUGGAGACUAUCUUGUGACCAAGUGCGGUGUAUUAUUGAUGUCACUAUUUGUUUUCUUCACAACCACAAUGUCAAUUUCAUUUACACUGAGAGAGACGCAGACGCGUAUGCUGAAGUUUACAGUGCAGCUCCAGCAUCAUGCUCGACACAGGCUUCCAACCUUUCAACUGAUUUUUGUGCAUGUAAUAGAAUCGCUUGUUUUUGUACCGAUAAUGAUUGGAAUACUAUUUUUUCUAUUUGAGUUUUAUGAUGAUCAGCUUCUGGCUUUCAUGGUCUUGAUUCUUGUCUGGAUCUGUGAACUCUUCACACUUAUCAGUGUCCGUACACCAAUAUCAAUGAAGUUCUUUCCUCGCUUCUUUUUGCUCUACUUUUUAGUGUUCCACAUAUACUUUUUCUCCUAUACAUAUGGGUUUUCUUAUUUAGCUCUCUCAACUUCUGCUGCAUUUAUGCAACACCUCGUCCUCUAUUUCUGGAAUAGAUUUGAGGUUCCUGCUUUGCAGAGGUUUAUGCAAAAUCGCAGGUCACAUUUUCAGCAUCAUCCAGAUUUUCAUAUCACAUCCUCUACUAUCUUGGCGUCAACAUUACGCAUCACAAGAUUAAAUACAAGGAACCCCGGAGCUGUGAACACAGAUAUGGCAUCUGCGCCAGUAGCUCGAGGUGGAGGAACGCCUAGAAAUGCUGCAGCUGGUCCUGAGGAACAGCCUAACUAAUAGGUUAGUUAGGCAAUCCUCCGAAUGUCGGCGAGCAACCUGUCAUUCGUCAGCCGGAGGGCGGAGGGAAUCCUGGGGCCAUGAGUUCGUUUAGUUCGCUGCUGUUGUGGAUCCUUGGGGGAGCUUCAUCAGAGAGCCUCAACUCCUUCCUGUCCAUAUUUCGAGACUUGAGAGAUCAAGGCCAGGUUUACGCAGAACCUCCACGGGCACCACAGAACAAUGAAUGAGGUAUCCCUGGAUAUCUAUCUAAUACCUCUGAAAGUGAGGAUUAGCAUCAACACAUGGAGUCAAAAUUCAGUAGAGAAAGCAAUAUACCUAAUACAAAUGUUAUUCUACUCUAAUACCAUGUACAUAACAAGUGAGUAGCACUUCCAGAACUUCCAAGUAAAGAAGGCAGUUUCUAUGAGCAAAUCCAACUCUGUUUUGUGUUGUGACUUUGAAAUACAAAAAUAGGGAGGAAUAUCUAUCAGUUUGUAUGAUGUAGUAACAAUGACUUGAUUUUUGAGAAAAUUCAAAAAGCCAUAGACAGAAAGUAGGGAUUUGUUUAGAGAUAUGGAGAAUUUAUGUAAAGACUAAACUACAUAUUAUCUGCACUUAUACUAUCCAUUUUGCUA